GAAGUUGGAGGGUACCGGCGCGUGGCAUUUGAGGACUUCUCAACUGCUGUUCCUUCCUCGGCUCAGCCUUCUCAGGCCCUAACCUGAGUUAAUUAAGCCUCUGCUGUGCGCUCUCAGUGCGUACUUGGUACAGGUUACCACGCAGUGCUGGAAUUGUCUUGCUAAUAUUUAACACCGCCGGCUUCUACUUACAAGUAACUCUAGAGAGUAAUCCAGUUUCAGCGCACAGAUUUUCGGUGAAGAUUUGCCAAAGAAUUAUUUCUUGUGCUCCUACCGUGUUCCAAGCAUGAAGGAUACAGCGAAGGAGAUUAACGGCCACUUUCAUGAAGCUGAAAGAGAGAGAAAAAACUCAAGCAAUUACAUAAAAAACUAAUUUGGGAUGGACAGUAGAGGAAGCUCUGUUAGAUGCGUGAUUAACAAAAGAGGCUCACAGGGUACCUGCACAGCCAAGGCUCUCCACCUUAUGUGAUCAACCUAGACCCAGCUGUGCAUGAAGUCCCCUUUCCUGCCAAUAUUGAUAUUCGUGAUACUGUGAAGUAUAAAGAAGUCAUGAAACAAUAUGGACUUGGGCCCAAUGGUGGCAUAGUGACCUCACUCAAUCUCUUUGCGACCAGAUUUGAUCAGGUGAUGAAAUUUAUCGAGAAAGCCCAGAACAUGUCUAAAUAUGUCUUGAUUGACACACCUGGACAGAUUGAGGUGUUUACCUGGUCAGCUUCUGGGACAAUCAUCACUGAGGCUUUGGCAUCCUCAUUUCCAACGGUUGUCAUCUAUGUAAUGGACACAUCACGAAGUACCAACCCAGUGACGUUCAUGUCCAAUAUGCUCUAUGCCUGCAGCAUCUUGUACAAGACCAAGCUGCCUUUUAUUGUGGUCAUGAACAAAACUGACAUCAUUGAUCACAGCUUUGCAGUGGAAUGGAUGCAGGAUUUUGAGGCCUUCCAAGAUGCCUUGAAUCAAGAGACCACAUACGUCAGUAACCUGACCCGUUCCAUGAGCCUGGUGUUAGAUGAGUUUUACAGCUCACUCAGGGUGGUGGGUGUGUCUGCCGUUCUGGGUACCGGCUUAGAUGAACUCUUUGUGCAAGUCAUCAGUGCUGCAGAAGAAUAUGAAAGGGAGUAUCGCCCUGAAUAUGAACGUCUGAAGAAAUCACUGGCCAGUGCUCAGAGUCAACAGCAGAAAGAGCAACUAGAACACCUUCGGAAAGAUAUGGGUUCUGUAGCCUUGGACACGGGGACUUCCAAAGACAGCACAUCCUCUGUGCUGGAGCCUUCUGACCUGAUCCUGACUCGAGGAGCCCUGGAUGAAGAGGAUGAGGAGGCAGACAGUGAUACUGAUGACAUUGACCACAGAGUUACAGAGGAAAGCCAUGAAGAACCAGCUUUCCAGAAUUUUAUGCAAGAAUCAAUGGCACAAUACUGGAAGAGGAAUAAUAAAUAGGAGAAUUUUGGAAACUUCGCUUGUUUCUGCAAGUCCAGAAUCUCGGAACUCCAUGUGAAGGAACUAUUCUUACCUCUGAUUGGGGUCUACUAUAAAGGACCGUUUUCUUCACAGUAGCAGUUUCUCUUAUUAGGGAAGUCUUGUGACUCAGAUGAAGUCAGGAAUAAUAGAUCCUUGGACCUGGCAGGUUGAUGCCAAUUCUUCUUUGACCUUUCCCUUGUUUUGCAUGAGGAAGGAGAUACUGCCUGUUCUUGGAAGCUGAUACCCCUUCAAGUUCAAACUUCACGUUUUAUCAUUUGAACUCAAGUACUUUUGCUGCUGAUGGAUGGAUGGGCUAGAGAGCGAACUUAACUCUCCUGUGACUACUUCACAUCUUUGUUGCCAGACUGCAUCUAUAGCCUCUACUUUCCCAGAAUUUUGCCCCUGACUGCAGCAUGAGUUAUCUUUCUUUUAGCAGAAAGAGAAAGGAAACAUGAGCUUGUCCAGAGUGGCAACGGGGUCUCCUUAGCAACCAGUCAACAUUGGUAUGAAAUGUGCCUCGCACUGGGUGUAACUCUUUGUAGGACAUCGGGCUUGUUAAAGAAAGUGGGCAAAACAUGUAAUUAAUGAGUAAGAACUCUUUAAAUGGUGGCUUGAAUAAAGAGUUUUUAAUUUUAA